CCACGUCGUCGUUUCCCGUUUGUUCCACCAUCAUAUCUCCAAAUUUGAAAUUUUAUGCGCGCCCGUGCGACCUGAAAAUUUCCCAAUCGCCGGCUCUCUCAGAGACACAGGUACAGUUGUGAUGAAAUGGAGCCUGUAACAGCCGGUGCGCUUCCAGUGAAGAUGACGACACUUGAGAAGCUAUUCGCGCAGAUCUUUGAGCGGAAGACUUCGAUCCUCCAGCAAGUGAAGCGGCAGACUGAUUCGUACAGCCAACACCUCGCUUCCAAACUCCUCAUUCAAGGAAUUACUCCUCCUUCUUGGCUGUGGAACCCCUAUCAAUCUUCGAAUCUCGAGGAGCUGAACAAAGAUGAGCUGAUCUCUGAUAUUGUACUUCCCCGUGCCUGGCCUUCUACAUAUGAGGAUGCUCGUCACUCCAUAUGUAAGGGGAGUUUGGUCACAGGAAAUAAUGCGGAGCUAUCAGAUGGGGCAUUUGUGGAAACUCGUGCUUCCGGUGCAGAUCUUCAAGAUGGAGCGGGGGCUGCGGGGCCAAAUAGUCCAGCUGUUGUCUAUAAUUGCAACAAUGAAUGUGCUCUCAGUUCACUUCCUCAGCUAGAUGCAGGCGUUACCAUGCCUCAAGAUGAGAUAGACACAAGAACUGAAAGCACUUUAGCUGCUCCAGUUCAGUCGCUAGUUAAAAUUCAGAGGUCUAAGUCUAGACAAAAGGCUCUAGAACUACGCAAUAGCGCAAAUGCAAAAUCUAGGAGCCACUCAAGCAUUAAGAAUAAAUCUGAUGUCACCUCUACUGGUAUUGAUCUUUCUGCUUCUUUGUCAGAACAAGUCACCGAGCCUGACAAAUUUCCUGAGCAGUCUAUGCCUGUUAGUGGUCACUAUGAGCUCCCAGCAGAAAGGAGUAGUCCAGAGAGUGAAAAUUUGAUUGAUAACAGUACAAGGUCUGAACAAGUUACUGAGCCCCACAAAUUUCCUGAGUCUUCUAUGUCUGAAAAAGAGAUGGAUGUGAAGACAGGUGGAGUUACAAUCUCCAGAAGCUCCUUAGAACAACACAAAUGUGUGCGGGAUUCUUUUACAGAGAAUAGAUCUUGUAUAGCUAGGAAGAGUAAUAGUGGUCUAGCACACUCUAUUGUUGGACUGCUGGAUCAAUCGGUGACUAUAAGCUCAUCUGGUAUUACUGCUAAAAUCCAUGAUGGGUGCAAUGCAACAAUUAAAUGCUAUAGUUGUUCGCAGGAAAAGGUAACAGGCACCUAUUGUGGGAGGACUACAAAGUCUAUGAGUUCUAUCCAGCAGCGCCCUUCCAUCAGGGAAACUCUACAGGUGGAUGCAUGCUCUUACUUAGCCAAGGUGACUGAAAACACAGCUUCUCAGUCUUCCAGGGAAACAUCAGAUAAGCUUGUUGAUAGUAAGCAGCAAUUGGAAUCCGUUCAGUCUUCUUUUGAGCUAGACAAUAGAAGCUCAGAGCCACAAUGUUAUUCUGGUUGUGAAGUCAUACCAAGUCUUGGUAAUGUAUAUAGCAUUGCUUCCUUAGGUGGUGCUGGGACCAAGUCUGCUGCUUCACAGAAGUCUCCGUGUGUAAACCAGUACGUUCAGGAUGUGCCUCAUGAUAAUGCCAUCUUGAUAAGUCCUGUGAAAUGUGGUGCCUAUAAUCAGCUGGGAAAUGGGGAAGCUGAUGCAUCAGAGUAUAUUGUUCCCCAAAAUAGUCAGAGUAAAACCAGUGAAAGAAAAGGUUUGGAAUGUCUAGCUGCAACUCUUCAUUCUGAUUGCUUAAUGCAAGUGAAGCCAAAGCAACUUGGCUUUGAUGACAUGGAAGAGUUUAACUUGAAGGGGUACACUCAUUGUAAUUCUGAAGAUGUAAACUUGGACGUAACAAACAAAGAAAGAAGUUGUACUACAUUAAAUCGUUUCUCAUUGAGGGGUGUACCUUCAAGCAGUCCAGAUAUUACAAUUUCAGAAAAGAAUGUCAAUCUGAAGCUAGAUUCUUGUAACACAGUAACUAGACUUUCAAUCUUACCCGUCGAGCUCACCCUUCAAGACCAUGACAGAUCUAAGAGAUGUGCAGUGGACAUAAAAGUUCACACUCCAAAAGGUCUAGGUGAUCCAGAGGCCUUUCCGUGUUUUGGAAAUUCUAAUAUUCCACCUGGAGAUUACAUGCUGUCAAACACUUCUAAUAGUUCUGAUGCAAAACAUCAUCAUAGGAAGCGUAGUCCAAGAGAUAGAUCAGAGUCUUUAAUUGAACCAUACCUAGAAGUGGGAGUUUCUGAAUGUGAAAGGCAUGAUGAAGGUAUGUCCUGUGCUAGUGAGAGUAAAACUUUUGCAGCGUCUUGCAUCUCGAAAUUGACUGAUAUGUCUACUGGAGAUCAUCAGAAGUGGCUGGAUGAUGAAAUUCCAAAUGAUGAUAGAAUGACGAGUUCAUCUGCUCCUGGAGGACAGCUUUAUGUUCAGGGGGAUAGAUGCAAUGAUACAAAUCUCAGACUCCCUGAAUCAAAGAAAACUGAAAUUGCCCAGGAUUUUCCUUUGCUCGAAAGGAAAUCCAUAUCUGCUACAGUUAAUUCUUGGCCUCAAGUGAAGAGGAGAAAGCUUGAAGAUCAACUAAGUAAUUGCUUUUCUGCCUCUCACAAUUCCCAGAUGCCUAAAUAUUGUAACAUAAAAAUGUCCUCUGAGAGCACAGGUGUGGAAAUUAUUGAAAAACAAGUAAAAGAUGUAUUAAAAGAAGAUUCUUGUGUAGGCAGCUUAACUAGUGAACUAUGCCCAAUGGUGGACCACCAUGCGCCCGAAGGAUUGGGUUUGAACUUGGUCAAUUCUAAUAACUGCAUGUUUAAGGUAAGAGAUCCAGAAUGUGCAACACUAAAUACAGAUGGAUGCUACACACCAAAUGAACAAGUACAUGCUCCUACCGAUCUCGAAGAUGGAGUACUCCAGGUAUCAAGUAAAACGAAAGAAGCAAUCAGUGAUAGUUCUGGUUACGUAAUUGAGAAAACAGGAGGAGAAAUUCCGGAUGGCCCUAAUUUUGAUGCAUGUAAGCGAUCUGACGAACAUGACAUCAAAAGUGCCUUGAAUCAUAAGAAUGGUGCUGGUUUAGUAGAUAAUAGUGGAAGCAUAAGUUAUACAGGGAAAAUAGUUCUAAAACAUAACUCUAACUUUGUCGAAGACAAUGUUUUCCCACAUUCUUUCUUUCACUCGUCACAUGAUGAAGUAGUGAAUACUCAUAUAGUUGAUACUUUACCCAUGUAUGAGGGUUUCAUCAUUGAUCCCCCGGUAGCAGAUGGAAAACUUGACGUGUCUGAAGCUGGAAUUAACUUUGAAGCGUUAGCCCUUUCAGAGACUACAAUCGAGCGUGCUAGCAUCCUGGAGCAGAUUUGUAGAUCAGCUAGCAUGCAGAGACCUUCAUCUGAUCUAUCAUCUGCUCUCAAAUUGCACAGGUCGCACACCUUGUAUCAAUCACUGCCUGAAGGUCUUCUUGAACAAGGGGACUUACGAAACACCUCAUUUUAUACUGAAGAUAUUGAUAAACAGCUUAGACACAGUACCAGUUGUGCAGAGGAAGUCAGGGAUGAGGUUAAAGAAAUGUCAUAUUCGGAUUGUGUAGGUUACUCUGGUGCCAUUUUCAAGUGGAAAUCAGGAAGUCCAUAUGCAUCUCCUGUUGGAAAGCUGUGGGAAAGAACCUCAUCGCAUUCGGGCAGUUUAAAGAAACAAUUGAGCUCAAACCCAGAGCUUACUUGUUUCCCUAUCAAGGAGGACUCCGCAAUUGGUGAGGAAAAUGAGAACAUGGAUAAACUGGCUGAUGAAGUCCAAUAUGAUAUUGAUUCCUUGGUUGGAAAUAGUGAUGCCGAAAGAAAUCCACCUUUUGAUAUAGCCAGUGCAUGCUUGAACCCUCUUGCAUCAGUGUCUGCAGCAAAGAAAAAGGUUCAAGCUGGUGGUAGAAUGGACUUCGCCAAAUCUGAUGUAGAUUUGAGUGCAACACGUAAUAAUGCCAGAAGAAAGCUUCGGAGCCAUUCUAGAAAUGUAAGUGAGGGAAAGGAAAACCAACCUCUAAUGAUGACUGCAAAGAAAAAAAAGAAGCUGUCACAUUCCAAUGCUUCUAAGAAGCAUGAACUAUCAGCAGCUUCCUGUUUGAGGAAAAAGGAGGAGAAGCUUUCAGAGAGAUGGCAUAAACAUGACAAUAUUGUUUCAAAUCUUACUUCAUUUAUACCACUUGUCCACAAAAAACAAGCAGCUACUCUGUGUACAGGAAAGAAAGACGUAAAGAUUAAGGCUCUGGAGGCAGCUGAGGCAGCCAAACGUCAUGAUGAGAAAAAAGAGAUUGAACGUAAGAAGAGGAAAGAAGAAAAUUUAAGACAGCUAGAAAUAAACAAACAAAAGAAACAAGAUGAAAGAAAGAAAAAAGAAGCUGAAGUUUUAGCAAGGAAAAGGAUGAGAGCUGAAGAGGAGAAAAAUGACAAGGAGAAGAAACGACUUCGAAUUGGAGAGUUACGGAGACAGCAAAAUGAGGAGGAAAAGUUCCGUGUUAAAAAAGUAGAUGUUGAAAAAAAGUGCUCUGCUAUUGUUGGAAAACCAAUACAUGCUGAAAUAUUGGAAAAUGACAACUCAGGAGCCACAGUUUCUCAUGACAGCCUCGACACGUCAGAUGAUCAAAGUCAACAUGAAACGAAGCUAUAUGCCAAUUUUGAUAAACAAGAUCAAAACUUCACUGCCAUGGGAGCUCAAUUGAAGUCAUAUGAGAUUUCUCCAUAUAAAUGUUCAGAUGAUGAAGGUGAAGAUGAAGAUGAGGAAGAAACCACACAAAAACCUAUUCCCUCAUGGGCCAGAAAAAAUUGUGUUGCUCAGUUUCUUCUCUUUCAGCAAGAAAUGGAUCCUGACUUCAUAUUUCAUCCAAAUAGUUUAUGCAGUAUCGAUGAAGGUCAGUUUCUCUGUGUGAUGGAGCAACCUCAAAUUCUUGCAUUUUAUUAAGCAUCUCUAAUGAGUGUGAUUACUGAAACAAAAACCCAAGUUCCCAAAUAACCUCCAUAUAAGUCCCAUUGCAUGUCUUAACUUCUUUAAGAUUAAGAUAUGGUAAUAAUCCUGAAGCAAUAGUAGCACCCAUUUUAUAACCUAAAUUCUUCCACAGGUCAAAACUAUAUUGAUUAACUUUUACAUGUCAUCAAUUUGGUAAGGUUUGAUUAUUUUUUGUGCAAGCUUAAAAAUCUUCAUUCUAUGUGCAGUUCUCCUGCCUCGAAAGCUACAGCUGAAACAUGCAGCACUUUGAGUUGAAUACUUGAAUGGUUGGAAAAAGUUCAGGGAACUUUUGAGUGUAUCCUCCAACUUCCAAGUCCUGCCCCUAGAGGAGAGGCCUAGACAGUUUCUAAUUUUAACCAAUGAUCAGGUCCCUAGGCUACUGUAAUGAUGUGUCUGUAUGAUGUUUUCUUUAAAUUCAGUUAAUAUGUCAAAAAAUUCUGUAUAAAUAAGAGUGAUGUGUUUAUUUAUUUUUGAUUAAAUGAAAUGAUUUAGCAAACUUUUAAUUGUAAAAAAUUUCAAACAUACAAAAGGACAUACAUGUUUCUUGCUCAA